AUGUCAACAAUAAUAAUCAAUGAGGAUUAUGAUUCUGAUUUAGAGAUAUUUGAAUAAAGAAAUUAACAAAGUAUCAAGUUCAUUCAACUUAGUUUAAUAAUUAAAAGAAUAGCAGUUACAGUUUAAAGAAUAAUUACUUUAACAUAUUUAGAAUAAAGAUUAUGAUUAUAACUUAAUAUCUCCAAUUCCAUAUCCGAUGGAUAAGAAGAUUAAAGAAAAGAAUUAAAAUACAACUAAUCUAUUAUAAUUAAACAAAAGUCAUGAUUUAGUAAGUGAACGAUCAUAACCUUCAUCAAAUUAUUAAUUUCCAUCCAAAAAUAGCAAAACAAAUUUAAAGGGAAAUUAUCUGUUCAAAUAGAAUUAUUUACCUAAAACUCCAAUUAAAAAAGUAUCUAAUGUGACAAUCCCAAAAUCUUAUUGCAAUAAGAAUCAAAGUAAUUUGAAUAAUAAGAAAUCUCCUUCUAACAUUUCAACUGGCGAAUAAAAAUCAGCAAGAACUCCAGAAUAAAUAAAACAUUAUGUAGGUGUGUUAUCACCCUCUCCUUAUAAUUCAUGGCUAAAAAAAGAUUAUGAGAACAAAUCAAAAUAAUAUAAUUUGGCUUCUUUUACAAAUAAACCGGUUGAUAAACCUCGUCAAAUUAUGAAAACAGAAGAAAAUACUAAAAUUAUCAAACCAUAAGAAAAGAAAAUUGUAGUUCCAACUGAGAAACCUAAAAAAGGAUUUGAAUAAUGGUAUGAUUCAUAAAAGAAAUGGUAAUAUUGAGUUUAACUUUAUUUUAGGUUGAAAUAAACUGAGGAGAAAAUCUUUAAAUAAAAAUUAUAAAUGGAAUAAGAAUUAGGUGAGUAAGAACAAUUUAGUCAUUCUCCUGAAAUUCAUGAAGGUUCUAGAUAUAUUGUGCAAAAGAAAUAUAAUAAUGCUAGUUUAUUAGAAAGAUAGAAAUUCUAUUAAGAAGAAUUAUAAUAUAAAUAAUUUUAAAAGAAAUUAAGAGAGGAAGAGGAUAAGAAAAUUAAUUAAAUUAGAAUAAGUCCCUUAUCAAGAAAGAUAUUAAGAAGUGCAUCUCCUAAAUCUAAUUGUUCUUUUACAAUUUGCAAUUCAUCUAACUAAAAUUAUUCAACAAUAAUAAAAAAAUGA